AUGGACCGCAAAGACCCUAUAGAACCUGAAGCAGAUGAGGCAGCCAAACACCUCGUUGCAGGUUUAUUCAGAACUGGCGCUACCUAUGGUUUAUAUCGUCACCCUCAAACAGUAAUCGCAGCACACGCCUACAAUAAAUUCACAGACAGCAUGGACGUUGUCGUAACGAAAGGGAUUUCCUUCAGUGUUGAAGCAAAACACUUACCACAUAGGAAUGGUCCAUUCAUCGGACAUGUGAAGGCUGAGUUCUCAAAGCAGAAAGGCAAAUGGGUUCUACAGGAGAACACGAUUGUUGGAUAUUUGGAGGCACAUGACGGAGAAAAAGUACUUCGGGUUGAAGCAGGGAAUCAGGUCAAGGUGUCACUACCCAUCUGGCCCUGGUCUUCGUAUUAA